GAUGGGCCCAGCCCAAGCCCUCAUUAUGGUAAUUAGUAAACGACAGGUAAGGAAAUGAAGAUCUGAGAAAGUUUUAGUAUCGAAAUGGGCUAAUAGCAUAUUGACACUGGCUCUAUCCAUUCUUACCAUAUCCAUUCUGCGCUGAAGUUAAUUUCGCAAUCGAGCUUCUAACAAAAUGGUGGCGUGACUAAUUUAGGGUGAUGCUAGGGACGAUGCCAAAUCCUGAUUGGCUUUCUUCCGUUAACACGUGAGAAGGUUUGCGAAUCUGUUGGCAGCGAGAUAGAGACUCUAGGAACGUGAGGAUCAGUAAGCAAAAGGACCCGGAGCGUUGCCGUCGUGUUCGUUCAUGGCUUUGGCUAUGGCUGUGGCUUCCACUGCCGUUCCGGCUUCUCGCCUCGCUCGUUCGGUGCUCCCUCUUCUUCCCCCUCAUUACCUGGGCUUCAGGUGGUUGGCUGAUAUCCCGAGAAAUGCUGAAUCUGCAGCAGGGGAGUCGCAAUCGGUGAUGGUCAACAUUGCGCAGGAGCUCCUUAGUAAGGGACAUCGAUACUUGGAUGUCCGGACAUGUGAUGAAUUUAAGGCUGGACAUCCAUCAGGAGCAUUGAACAUCCCUUACAUGUUCAGAACCGGUGCAGAAAUGUCGAAGAACCCACGAUUCUUGGAUGAAGUAUCCUCGCACUUUGCCAAAGAUGACGCCUUUGUUGUGGGUUGUCAGAGUGGAAGGCGGUCUCUCAUGGCUGUGAUCGAUCUUCAAUCUGCUGGUUAUGGCCGGGUUGCAAACGUCGCAGGUGGGUACUCUGCCUGGACAGAGAAGGGGCUUCCUACUUCAGAGUGAGGUGACGACGAAGCUCCUCGAGCACCGAUUAAUCCAGCACCAACCGAUGUUUCACAAUGUUCCUUUUUCUGUUUCAGCACUCCCCAAGUCCUUUAAUUCUUUCGUCAGUCCUUUACCAGUCUCUGUGUUGGAUUGAAGCAACAUUGCUUAACAGCUAGGAUUAGUCAACUGUCAUUGGAGAAGUCCAAAUAACCUGAGUGUAACGCAGUGCAUUUUCUGGAUUUUCAUGAAACGUGUACAGCCAGUGCCGAUGAAAAUCCACCCAAAUGCAGAAGUUCCUUUCUCCGU